UUCAUAUUUUUAGAACAUGGGGGAAGAUGUAAACAGUCUGUUUGGGGGUAUAAAACCGUGUGAAUGCUCGAGGAGCUCCAUCAAAAUCGCAGCAGCCGCGAAUCGAAGAAGACGCGUUAAGUGUUAAGUGAAUAAAAUCGCAGAAAGAUGUCCGUAGUGCCCCUGAUGUUCCGUGACUGGUGGGAUGAGCUCGACUUUCCAAUGCGCACCUCGCGCCUCUUGGACCAGCACUUCGGCCAGGGACUGAGGCGGGAUGACCUCAUGUCCUCCGUGUGGAACUCCCGACCCACUGUGCUGCGAUCGGGAUACCUGCGCCCCUGGCAGACGAACAGCCUGCAGAAGCAGGAGUCCGGAUCCACCCUCAACAUCGACAAGGAGAAGUUCGAGGUGAUUCUGGACGUCCAGCAGUUCUCGCCCUCCGAGAUCACCGUCAAGAUUGCGGACAGGUUCGUCAUCGUGGAGGGAAAGCACGAGGAGAAGCAGGACGAGCACGGCUACGUCUCCCGCCAGUUCUCCAGACGCUAUCAGCUGCCAAAUGAUGUCAACCCCGACUCGGUCACUUCCUCCCUCUCCUCCGAUGGCCUGCUGACCAUCAAGGCGCCCAUGAAGGCGCUGCCUCCUCCCUCGACUGAACGCCUCGUGCAGAUCACACAGACUGGCCCCUCCUCCAAGGAGGACAACGCCAAGAAGGUGGAGACCUCCACCGCCUAAGGCUGAAUUUUUGUACCGCCCUGAGUGUUAGUUAGUUUAUGUCUACGUGUGCCUUAACCAUUGGAUUUUUACAAAUUUUAUAUCAAUUAAAACGAAACUAAAGAUAA